CGGAUGGGGGCGCUCUUCUAUGGCGCUCUAUGGGAAACAUCAGCAAUGGGCAGCUUCAGCGAAGGUGGAGAUAAACAUGCGAACGUCUUACUCGCCUCAAACUCGUCAAACCGAGAGUAAAUGACUCCACUCGUCUGUGAGAAAGGAAAGAAGAUGCUGACGAUGCCGGUAGGGAGGUUUCAGGGAUGUUUGGGGAGAUGACCGCUGUGCUGCGUCCAUCAUGGGCCCUGACGUCCCCCUGCUCAACGACUACAAGCAGGAGUUCUUCUGGAAGCGCUUCCCUCAGACUGUGCUGGGGGGGCCGAGGUUUAAGCUGGGCUACUGUGCCCCCCCGUACGUCUACGUGCACCAGCUGGUGCUGUUCCUGACCCCGUGGCUGCUGGGGGGCGUGGGAACCCUGCUGUACCAGCUGAGGGUGCUGGACGAUGCUCGCGCGGGCAUCCUUUCCGGGGCGCUCAUGCUGGGGGCCGGUGCCACCCUGCAGACGCUGGCCCAGUGCGCGGCACGGAGGACGGGGACGGUCCAGCGGCUUCCGGCCGCCAACAACAUCCUGGCGGAUGAGGAGGAAGUGGAAUUCACACACUGCAUCGCUCCGGAGACGGUGCGUUUCGUGGUGCCGGGGAAGAGGUUCAUGGUGAACGUAGUUCUGCACACGGUGCUGGCCGGCGCGCUCUGCGGGUUGGGCACGUGGUACCUGCUCCCUGACAGGCUGAGCGUGGUCUAUGGAGACACCGGGGCGGGGAUGGGCGCGGUGGUGCCCGUGUUCGUGCUCAGCUGGGUGACGCUGUGCAUUGCGGAAUACUCUCUGAUCGUCAACACGGCGACGGAGACGGCCACGUUUCAGCCUCAGGACACCUACGAGAUCACUCCCCUCACCAGGCCGCUCUACAUCCUCGCCUUCAUCGCUGUGGACCUGGCGCUGAGGUGUAUGGGAGGGGGCGUGGCUGAGCUGCAGGUGGCCAGCCAGGUGCUGCACGUGCUGUUUGUGGUCCUGCCGCUGCUGUGGGCUCUGGGCAUGCUGUCUCCUCUGGACGCCCUGCUGCUGUGGGCCAUGGAGCAGAUCCUGGUGCAUGGGCUUGGGGGGUCACCCAUGGCCACCAACGUCAGGCUGGUGGUGAUGUUCCUGGCGUCUGUGUGUGUCGCCGUCUCCACGUUCUUCAUCCCUUCUUCCCUUGGCGUGGUCCUCUUCACCGUUGCCAUGGGUUACCUCCUCAGUCAGGACCUCACCCAGGUCAUGGUGCUUUUUCGGGGCAGAAACCGCGACCAGCCCUCUCUCAGCCUGGGCUGGUUCGGCCUCCCUCUCUCCGUGCUCCUCCUGGCUGGAGCCAUGACUGAAGCUGGGCUGCUUCACCAGCUCUCCCCCAGCCCAGGUAACGUCAGCCUUGGUUCUGGUCCAGUGGAGGUCUGGGGUUCAGCAGGUUCAGCUCCAGGCCGUCAGGCUGCGGUGGGAUGGCUCCUCAUCGCUCUGCUGUUGGUCACGCGUGUGCUGAGAGAGCUCCAGGGCGCGUGUGUUUGCGGGGGUUUGUUCUUGAACCCCCUGUACCCCCGACAGGUCAGCAGCGCCCAGGCCUUCAGGAGGAGGAGUCGGGGUCUGCGGGUCGCUGGACUCGCCCGCAGAGCGCUGCUCAACCUGGUCUGUCCGUUAGCCAUGAUUGCGUUCCUGGCCAUGGAUGCGACCUUGCAGAAGCUGCACACGGCCUCAUUGGCUAUCGGCUUCACACGGGCCUUCAGAGUGGUGUGGCAGAGCAGUGAGGACGCCCUGCUGCAGACGGUGGUGGUGGUGGUAGUGAGGCUGUCAGACAGAGAGGGCACCGCACACCACUGGCACAAUCUGGGCACCGGAGUGCAGCUCAUACUGGUGUCUAUGGUUUCUGACCGACUCUCUCAGUUUUUGGCGAAGUUGAAGUUCACUCUCACCGUCCUCAUCACAUCGUGGACAGAGACGAAACAGCGGCGCCAGUCUGCCGGUGCCCUGUUGGCACUGAACGGGGCGCUGUGCCCGCUGCUGCUGGCUGUGGUGCUGCUGUCCGCCCUGCUGGCGGCCCCCCUGCUGCCCCUCUUCACUCUGCCCAUCUUUUUGGUGGGUUUCCCCCGGCCACAGCGCUCGUGGCCCGAAACGCCUGGUAUGGCCUGUCCGUGCCCUGAUUCUGUCUACUACCAGCAGCUCAGCGCCAGGCUGGCAUCAGCUCUAAAGCAAGCGUGUGCUAAUGGAGUACUAGGUUCUUGUUCUCCGGGUUCUCAUUUCCUGGGCCGGUUCCAAGAUCGUGUGGCCUGGGUCACUGUUCUAGAGAAAGGCUAUGGCUACUGCACAGUCAACAUUAAGGGUUUAGAGCUGCAGGAGACGUCCUGUCACACGGUGGAGGCUCGGCGUGUGGACGAGGUGUUUGAGGGUGCGUUUGACCGGCUGGAGCGUCCGGGCCGUUUCCUGCGCUUCCUGAACCCGCACUGGGAGAACUCCCUCAGGCCCUGCUCCACCCUGCCUGUCCGGGUCUACUCCGAUGCCCGGAACGUUCUCACGGGCAUCAUCGACUCACCCGACCACCUGCGCCAGCUCCGCUCCGACUUUCUGAAGACUCUGGUCUGGAUCCUGCUGCGUCACUGCCUGCAGGACAAGCCUUACACCGUCCGCAGGGUCAAAGGCCACUCGCUGCAGCUUUCUGGCCGCAAGUCUCAGAGCUCCCAGCAUCCCGAGCCCAGUCCAGGUAAUAUAAAAAUGGCCAUGCCGUCUCAGGGGCAUCCAGACUCCUCUUCCUCACCUAACCUGAGGGGGCGGGACAGCUCCAGCUUGUCCUCGUUUGCCGAUUGGUCGGAUGAGGACGACCUUUUCGGACCCGUUCCUGCGAGAAAGCCGGUUAGGAUGAUAAUGGUGCGGACAGAAGAAGGUCAGACUGGCCUGGAGUCCGGCGUUUCUCUGCCUGGUUCUGCAGAAAUACACAGUCUGUAUGAGAACAUGGCACUGGCUUCUUUGCCCACCCUGAGGCCGCUGGGAUUGGGCCUUGGCAUGGGACUCGGCCUGCCUGCAACGGACAAAGGCAGGGACCACCAAAUCCCAACUGUGACGACUACCACCACUACCACACCAUCCAUAGACCCCACCCAGCCUCUUAAUUUCUCUUGCCCAUACUCAGAGAGCCUUUCCCUGGCCACAGCUUGGAGGAACGCCCCCCUGCCCUCCUCCAGGCUCCAGGCUCUUCGUCCCUGCUUCCCCGAGGACUGGUUUCACUUCUGCCUGUCCCGGUUCGUCAUGGAGGGCUUCUGGGAAGGGGAACCUGAACAGGUGUGCAGGGCUCUGCAGGAGGACCAGGUUCUGAGGGAGCUGUACAGCCAAGUGGCGUUGUCGUGUUUGGUGGCGCUGGGCGCGGACGCUGCGGUGCCCAGCCCCAGCCUGCUGUUCAGGGUUUACUGCGGCGACGCCCCGUGGCCCGACGGGCUCGACUGGCUCCGAGCCAAUAAAGAGCUGCAUCAGCUCACCCUCGGGGCUUUUAGGUACAGUGUGAAGCUGUUGAUCGACCAGGCGUCUCUGGGUCCGGUGGAGAGUCUGGAGGAGCUCUACACGACUCUACAGGAUUACCAUGACAACUGGUUUAUCGGCCUGACGACGGAGCGCGGCUGGCAUGACGGCGUUCUUCAGGAGAAACCUUUCCUCUUCUCUCUCGGACAGGAUCUCACAAUGGGUACGUAUACGGGCCGGGUGCUGUCUCUGCAGGAGAACCUGAUGCAGGUAGGUGUUCUGAAUGAGGAGUGUGUUCGUGGUCAGUGGGCGAAUCUGUCCUGGGAGCUGCUCUACGCCACCAACGACGACGAGGAGCGCUACAGUAUCCAGGCUCAUCCUGUAAUGCUGAGGAACCUCACGGUGCAGGCGGCGGACCCCCCGCUGGGAUACCCCAUCUACUCCUCCCAACCCCUCCACCUCGCCUGCUUAUGAUGAACACCUACCCGCAGACUCCAACACGCCUUCACCACUUCCACGCCUGGCACACCUGGCACACCUGCCUACGGUACACAGAUAAACCCCCAUACAGUGUACGCUGCCUGUCAAAAGUUUGGGGACACCAGGUUUUCAGCAGUGUUUUUAAUCACGAUAAGCACGUUUUCUUCAUCGGUUUGAAAGAACGUCGUUUAGUGGUGUUUCACCAAGACACUCCAUUACCAGCUGUUAUUUAUUUAUUUUUAGAUCAACACAUACUUGGUUUUCUUUUCAGUCACUUAUUUAUGUGGGUGUUCCACAAGCCUUAAAGGGGAAAUCCACCUAUUUUUCACAUGUUCUUUAUAAUCCAGUGUGUGAGGUGUAAACAGAGAGAUCCAGUGGGUUUGGUGUGAAACGGUUCAGACGUCUUUAUAGUGGCGGUUAUGGGAACCAGGCGUCGCCAUGACUACAACACAGAUAUAGACACUUUAUUUACCAUCCAGAACCACCAGAGAACCCUGAUCAAUAGAACAGUAAAUAUUGUUAUAACUAAAAAUACAUAAACUAUACAUUCAUUUUAUGGACAUAGUUUGUAUGUAUUGCCAUUAUAACAGCUGAAGAGGUUUUAUUUAUUAACUCUGUUUAUUUUUUUGUUAUUUAUUUUUUAGUUAUCAUAAAUAUUUACAUGCAUGUUAUUGUAUUAUUAUUAUUAUUAUUAUUAUUAUUAUGUUAUUGCAAGUUUUUGCAAACUGACCAAGAAAACAGGCUAAUUUCUAUUUGAGGGAGUGAGGCAUGGUGUAAAUGUCUAAAACCAUUCAAAUAUAUUUUUGAAACUAAGCAAAAUAUUUUAUUUAUUAUUAAAAAUAGACAAAAUCCUUUGACUCAUAGGCUGAGCGAGAAACAGUGAGCUAAACGUCUCAUUUGACUCUAAUAUGUCAUUAAGCCUUUCCAGCUGUUUCACGACGUACCUGUUUUAACACUCAAGGUUCCCUUUAAAUGCGUUUCUUCGUAAAGCCAGGUGUCCUCAAACUUUUGGCAUGCAGUGGCGGUCGCCUAAGCCAGGCGGUUCAUCGCUGCGCCUUUAAUUACUCGAUCCAGUUCAGCCAGCGCAGCUCGGCCUGUCGCGCUGGUGUGACCUCUCGUCUGAGGGAAGAACGUGAAUGUUUAUACGCCGAUUGGAGGAACAUCAGAACGUACCAUAACCCUGGAGCUCAUCUACAGUCUGAUGAUGCUUCCCCGUCCACGAUAAACCGAAACGGAUCUGCGGGUCUUUCACAGCUGACGGACCCGUCGUGGACGUCCUGGACGUCUCGUCUCGAUUGAGGACUCUCAAAGGCUUUUUUUAUUACUGGAACUACUAAAUAAAUCGAAAUGACA